AUGGCGUCUGGGGUUCAUGUGGACCACAUAUCAUCGCAGCCGCAUGUGUGGGUCGUGGACGGUGCCGUUUCCGAGUCCUUCCUCUCCCUCGUGGACGACAAGCUGACCACCAGCGAGGGAACCGUGAAAAGUGAGCUGCGCAAUGGGAAAUCGAUUACAUCCCGCAGUGUCGAGUUCCAGGUGGAUGACACUUCGCGACAUCUCUUCGAGACCGUCGCGGGGUUCUGGGGCCUGAACCCUGAACAGCCUUGUGAAAGCUUCGUGGUGUCGGAUAUCUGUGGGGAAGGGCAGUCGCCCCACGUUGAUCACAUCAACCUCGAUGACUUGGCCGGAUGCGAGCUGGACUUCUUGGACCUCGGGCGGCAGAGCGCGUCUGCUGUGAACCCCAGGAGGGUGGUGCCCACGAUAUCGGUCGUCGUCUACUUCAACUCGGUUGGCGGUAUACGGUUUCCGCAUGCAGAUGAGCUUGGAACCAUUGCCGCCAAGCGCGGCAGGAUCGUCAUGUUCCAGAACUACAUCGACGACCAGAGGCCCUGUCAUGACUCGUUGGCUGCCCACCACGGUCUGUACUUGGACAGCCUGCCCAAGCGAAUCCUGGUGAUGGGAAUCCUGGCCAAUGAGACGCCAAGCUUCUUCCCGAAUGGGCCGGCAGCGGCGUCGCCGACGCGCAGCUUGAUCUACUGCCCCGGCACGGAGCAAGAUCCUCUCCGCCACGAUGCCCCAUCUUAUGACUAUCUUCGAUCUCCCAAAGAGCGAGCAGAAGUUGAGGAAGCGCGGUAUGAGGAAGCGCGGCGAGAGCAUGAUCGCGAACGUGAGCGGUAUGAAGCGGAAAAGCGCCGGAAGGAGGCUGCGAAAAAGGCGAAGAAGACUGAUCUCAUCCUCUCGCUGGAGGCGCAGAUGAGCAACCCGGAGACCUACACAUUCACGGUCGCGUGCAGGAGUCUAGCUGGUCGGGAGCUCCUCUCGGUGUCGGGCGACGGCAGCGCCAACUUGACCUGGCUUCGGGCGGAAAUCAAGAAAGCGCUCGACCCAGAGGACGUGCACAACGUGGUCCUGUGCGUCGGGACGGAACGCAUUCCGGAGGGCGAUGGCGACAUGCCGCUGAGCCAGCUGGUGCCGCUGUCCAUCGAUGAGGUGAAGCUCGCUUUCAAGAAGGCGGACGCAAACAAGGAUGGGUUCCUGGACAAAGCUGAGGCCAAAGCGAUGUUCCACUCGCUGGCGGAAGUCCUCCCCAACAUCAUGACGGAUGCGGAGAUCGAUCAGCUUUUCGAAGCGGUCGAUGCCGACGCAGAUGGCCGGCUCAACAUGUCGGAGUUCAUCGACUGGUGCUUCGGUGUGCACAUGAUCGAGAAGAGGGACCACGACGCGCUGAAAGCGCAGCAUCUGAAGGGCUAA